AUGACAAGGCGCGCAUUGUUUAGCAGCCCGUGUCGAUUUACGGGGAGCAAACGACAACGAAAAGAAAUCGUCGGUCGUUUGUCUCGAAUCCCACCAAUUACUAAGGAUCAACUACAUUGUGGACAUCAAUUGGAAUUCGGAGAGGUUGCGACUUGCCAGAAAAGAAAUGAAGACUCGAAUACGGUAGUUCAACCAAAUACGAGACUCGCUGAUGGACACACUUACGUGCUCCCGCCACCACCAAAAGCAGGUGAUCGUGUUGUGCCAUCCGGAAAAAUGGUAGAAUGCAUCUGCACAAUAGGCCUCUUCGCUCUUCUAUUCAUGUUUUUGAAUAAACGUUUUUGCUUGAAAACCGUCGUGUUAUUCUCAAUUUUUCAGAUUUUUUAA